UGACUGGGCUCAAUUUGGGAUGUGAAAAAGCUUGGACAAUUUGGCUUGGGUUUGAAAUUUGGGGCAUUUGAGUGGAUGUGUUUGUAGAUCUGGGAAAAAAAGAGAGUACAAAACAACCAAGUUGAAAAUGUUGCUAAAGGAAAGGAAGAGGGAUCUGGUGGCUAUGGAUUUCGAAAGGCGGUGGCAGCCGAUUGAGUUAGCGGCAAAAUGAAUUCUGACGUGAAGUAUGCAACUGUGAUAAAGAUUAUAGGGAGGACAGGAUCAAGAGGGCAGGUGACUCAGGUGAGAGUGCAGUUUAUGGAUGAAAGCAAGCGGCAAAUUACAAGGAACGUCAAGGGACCAGUCAGGGAAGGGGACAUCCUCGCCCUACUAGAGUCUGAGAGGGAAGCAAGAAGGUUGCGUUGAGGGGGCUCAUAUUUGGCCACCCAGUUAUUUCAAAUGUUUAGGCUAAUGCCACCAUUAGGUUGUCUGUCUUGAAUAAGAUUUUGCAUUGAACUCAAUAGUUUUGGUAUUUUACUUUCACAUUUCAUUUUAUUGACAUUUCAAUAUUUCAAUGGCACAUUUCUAAAUAUCAAUUACAUUACCAGGUAAGCUUGCAGCUUAACUAA